CUCCCGGCUAAAUGCACAUUGCGACGGCUUUAGCGGGGCAGUGUUUGUCAUAUCGAGCGAAAACAAUAUAAAAGAAGGUUGUGAAACAUUAUCAGCCUUGUCCUAUUAGCGGUAAUAUUAUUACGAUAUUAGAAGGGCAAGUCGUUGUGGAGGUAUUGGCGUUUAAUCGCUGAAUGUGUCGGGAAUAUCGAAAACAAAACUAACUUUACCCCGCUCUUCAAGCACCACACUUUCACGCCUCACUUUAUCACACUAUCUUUAGUAGUCGAGGUAAUUGUUCUACCCUGUCGACGAGUUAUACAGCUGAUUUCUGCAGUGCGCAGUGUACAUGUUAUAAGAUGGUGAUCAGUGACAUCGUCGCUUUGAGGUAUAAUAUUGGUUACAUCGGCUCCGUGAGAUAUAAUCAAGUCUAGUGUAUGAUUAAAUCGAUGAGUGGGUCCAUUGAUGUGUUGUGUUACUCCAAAAGAGUGUAUAGUAGCUCUGUAAACGCCACUGCUAAUGCAUCGUUAGCACUAUCUACGUGGAUAUUAAAAUCUCCGACAAUUAGUACUUUAUCAACGUUAACCAAUAGGUCCGAUAAGAAGUCCGCGAACUCUUUCAGAAAAUCAGUGUAGGGACCAGGGGGUCUAUACACAGUAGCCAAUGUAAGAGAAAGCAAUGGUUUUUUUACUUUCGUUUGGAACAAUUAUGUUCAACGCAAGCACUUUAAAUGAUUUAAAUUUAUGCUCUGUUCUCUGAGUUACAGUAAGAAAGUCUCUAAAGAUUGAUGCAACACCACCACCUCGACCAACCGGACGUGGCUCAUGCACCACACAGAAGUAUUCUCGUCGCUUCAAAUUUUUUUUAAUUGAGCCACUAUGAGCGGAUGGACCAAUUUCACGAUGUCUUUAGUACUUUUCUGGACCUUGACAACAACUAUAACCACGAUGUCUAUGAGGAGGCCUGGAAAUCUCUCGGAUGUCACCUAAAUAUCUUUAGUUGUGCUCCGAAGACGCCGGGAGGCCUUAAAACAUGUUGAACGUCAUGUGGUGUUGAGCUGGAGAAGAUGGCGGCUGUUGUAGUGAACGCUGAUGGAGAGGUCGCGUCUCUGGACUCGGGUUCAGUUUCUCCGCGGUUAUCCUCACCGUCACCGGAUCAGCCGCACCAGAACAACGCGCUGCUGUCGCUGCCGAUUGUGGCCAUCGACACUAUCCUCAACUUCCUGUCUUACGAUGAGAUCAGUCUGCUUAGACCGGUGUGUAAACGCAUGGAUAUGAUCUGUCAACGCAUGCUGAAUCAAGGCUUUCUGAAAGUGGAACGCUAUCACAGCUUGUGCCAGAGACAAGUGAAAGCCCAGCUGCCCAGGAGGGAAUCAGAGCGCAGGAAUCACUCAUUGGCUCGUCAUGCAGAUAUUCUAGCUGCAGUGGAGACGCGUCUGUCGUUGCUCAACAUGACCUUCAUGAAAUAUGUGGAUUCCAAUUUGUGUUGCUUCAUUCCUGGAAAGGUGAUAGAUGAAAUUUAUCGGGUUUUGCGUUACGUGAACUCCACGCGUGCUCCUCAGAGAGCUCAUGAGGUUCUUCAGGAACUGCGGGAUAUCUCUUCCAUGGCCAUGGAGUACUUUGAUGAGAAGAUCGUCCCCAUCCUGAAGAAGAGACUUCCAGGAGCUGAUCUCUCUGGACGUCUCAUAGGAUCUGCUCCUGUGGCUGGUCCCUCUACUUCUCUGACCACCAUGUCCCUGCUGGCCAAAAACACACCAUCACGCUCCGAGAUGACUAAGGUCCAGCAGCAGGUGAAGGUGAAUGGGGCGUCGAUGGUGGCCCUGCGGCGGGAAAUGCAGGAGAUGCGCAUCAAACAGCUGGAGCAGCAGAAGCAGCUGCAGGACCAGGAGCAGAAACUUCUGGAGCAGUCGCAGGUGAUCGGCGAGCAGAGCGCCCGGCUGGCUGAGCUGGAGCACAAGCUCAGGGAACUGAUGGACAGCACGGCAGCGGCCGCCUCCACCAGCGCGUCCAACGGCCCCGAGGACGAGGCCACAACUGCCAAUGCAGUCAAACGCAAGUGCGUGGACAGCCCGCGACACUCCAAACGCCUGCGUAGCAAAAAAUAGAGGGACAUUUCGUAAAAGUGUAUAUUUUUACGUUUGUCCUUUGCUUCCUUUGAGCUAUAUGGUUUCUUUUUUCGCCAGUGUCCAGCGGUGAAGAUGGGAAAUGAAAGGACAGUUGAAGAUGAGAGGGUUUUUUGUUUUAUCGGUGGAUUUGUUUUUCUUAUAUCAAAUAUUACACUAACGCUUGAAGCCCCAUCGCUUAUUUUUAAUGUUCGGCAUCGGCCUCGAGCGAUAUUCGCCAUUAAUGUUUACCAGCAAUCUGUAAGUUACCCUAGAGAGCGUUGCAAAGGUCACUGAAUAUACAGAGCUUUUGUAAAUCCGCUACCAGACAUUUGCAGAAACUUGGGACUUCAUAUCAACAGUGAACACAAGUAUGACAAGUGCACGCAGCACACAAACAAAGCUUCUCUGGGCAGAUUUGGUCGCAACAAUGCAACAUAUGAAAUGUGAGGUGUGUGAUGCUAGACGUUAUAUGGUCAUAUCAACAGUAAAUAUCAGCUUUGAUGAGACUUGGUCUGAGAUGAUGUGCCUCGACAGUAAGGGUCUGCAGGUGUAGCAUACAUGAUGGUGUAAUUGUGUGUCUGAGGUUGGUCAGUCACUGAAGAUGUGUCUUGUACGUGUCAUUGCCAUGUUGUACCUGCCACUCUCUGUAAGUGUUUCAUUUACUGCAAAUAGAAUUGUGUCAGUGCAAUAAAAAUAUGUGGAAAGCCUUGUUACUAGGAAAGUACAUUGUUGAUAUUUUAU